AUGAGUUCCAUAUCUCAAACUCUCGGUGAACCGACACAGAAGCGCCGAAAGAUCCGGAAAGGCACCUUCAGCUGCUGGGAAUGUAAGAAUCGUAAGAUUCGCUGCCAAUUCACCUCGUCUUCGGCAACAGUCUGUGCCUUUUGCCAGCGUAAGGGACUCUCGUGCAUCAGCCAGGAGUGCCCUAGCCCUCAAGAUGCAGGUUAUCAAGCGGUAGAACGGCGCAUUACCCACGUUGAGGGUCUGGUGGCGCAACUGGUACAGCAACAAGGGGCCCAUUCACCGUCCCAAAUAUCACCAGUUAGCCAGGAAGUGAAGAAGGAUUUGUUUGUCGAUACCAUAGACCCCAGGGUGUUACACCUCCCUAAAGCAGGCAACGAUGCCACUCUCAAGAGUGGUCCAAUGUCACCCGGCUCCCUGAGCUAUGUUCAGUCAUUACUUCCGUCUGCUGCCAUUCUCAAGCAGAUUCUGGAUCGCAGCCCGCUCUGUGUUCGACCAUUUCAUUUGUUGGUCUGCUCAACUGCACCAGCCCAGGUCGACCACCAGUCCUCAUCGGAGUCCAAUCAUCCAGUGCAUCUCGCGCAGAGGAUCAUCCAACUUGCCCUAUGUUUACAGCAGUCCACGCAGAAAGUGCCAGAGCUCCGGUUUGACCAGCCUAAUUACCAGAUGGCACGUUAUUUUGUCGGCGUCGCGUCCCGCUAUGUCACUUCCCAGGACUUACUCGUCGACUCUCUCGAUGGCGUGGAGACUCUUAUCCUGGAGGCUCACUAUCAUAUCCGCAUAGGCAGUCUCCGGGACGCCUGGAUUCUCUUCCGUCGAGCGUUGGAGAUCGCCCGCUUACUGGGCCUCUCAUGUCGGAAGCAUGAGGAUGACAACCGUGCGGAAUCCCUAUGGUUCCGUUUAGUCUACAGUGAUCGGUUCCUAUCCCUCAUGCUAGGACUUCCUUUUGUCGAUGUGGACUGUCAGCUCAUCGGUACACGGCAGCUUGCGGCGGACAGGUGGUCCGAUCGAUUGGAGCGCAUCCAUGUCGUGGUCGUAGGCAGGAUCAUUGCCAGGAACCUUCGCAUGCAGGAACGCCAUGGGCGCCAACACGAGAUACACGAAGCCGCUGUCAAUGACUACCAAGAGACACAGGAUAUUGAUCUUCAGCUAAAAAGGGCCGGUCGCAUACCCCCCGUGCGUUGGUGGGUUUCACCGUUGCUAGGAAAUGGUAUACCAGACGUGAGCGCGCCGGAACAGUUCGUUCGGAUUCUGACGCGGAUGCAUCAGUUCCAUCUGGUGGUUGUCCUUCAUCAGCCGUAUCUCAUAGAGCAUCUCCGCUUGGAAUCAACGACUCGUCGUCAAAUGCUCGCCCGUCCGUCGCCCAACCACACGUACAGUAAAAUGGCCGUUCUCUGCGCAAGUCGCGAGGUCCUUGCUCACUUUCGCAUGUUCCGUAACGCCCUCCAGACGAUUCCAUACCUUGGCCUCGUGGAGAAGGCUUUUACUUCUGCAAUGUGUCUCCUUCUAAUACAUAUGCAUGGGCAUGGGCUCAAGACGGAAAAUGUGUUUGAGCACCAGCGUCCCGGGGACUUGGCAGUUAUUGAUGAUGUGAUUCAUACUAUGGAGGAAGUGUCUAGCGUCCAUGAAGACAGCCUGACCCAGUCCCGUGUGAAAAUCCUAUCUACAUUGGUCCGCAUGGAAAACUAUGCGGCGAACGGGGCCAAAUAUCUUACAUGCCUGGAGCCUGAAACCUCCGAGGACAACAACACUCAGGCCACCAUCGAGGACCAGAGGAUAAGCUUCUCAUUGCCGUAUUUUGGCAGGUUCUAUAUCUCACAUGAAAUGCCCCCAAACCCCCUGAAUCGCCACUAG